CACUGAGACAGACUUCAGGAUUGAGUCCUGGGAGGAGGCAUUAUACACACAUAGAGCACUGUACACUCACAGGUAUAUCACUGAGCUAAAUGUAUGCACACAAACACACAGUGAUUGCAAGCAAUCAUGUAACACUUGUGAAUUCCUAAAAGAAUUUAGGAAUUAGGAAACAUUUCUGUAAAGAGAGGGCUAAAAGGGGUUGGGGAAGAAGGAAGGGAUGACGAGGGAUUAAAACUGAUAUCAGUCAAGCACAGGGCGGAGACACACACACGUAGAGAGCCUACAUGGUACACUGGGAUAAUGCAAGAACACUACAUAUUUCUGUACCGGAUAUAAAACCUCUUUGGAUGACCAAUAAACAAGGUCAAAGAACCUUUCAUGCAACCAUUUUAGUCCACAUUCCAGUUUGUAACUUCACCUGGAUGGAGACCAGUGAAGCAGCAGCAAUUAUCAAUAUGAUAAGUUUGCGCUUAUGAUGUUUAAAAGGCCGGAGCUUUCUGAUUGGCUGCACCUGAGGUGUGAUGUCGCCAGUGAUGGACGAGACAGCCGGGGAUCUCCCAGUCAGAGACGUGGGACCGAUGAGGGGGGGGCUGAUGCCAACUGUCCCAGAUACCCUGCGUGAUGUGAAGUCAUGGAGGAAGCAUCAUGUCAUGAAGACAAAAGCAGAUCCUCAGCGCCUGUUUCGGUUUCCCAGAGAGCAUCUGGAGGACCUGUGUCUCAGACUGCAAGAGGAAAACAGUGUGCUAGGACAACACACUCGUACACAGGAGCAAAGGCUACGCAGGAUGUCCACCAGACUGAUUCGUCUCCGUCAGGCCCGUCCUGGGUCCAGUGCUGUGAAGGAGAGGGACAUGGAGGAGACCAUACAGGAGCUGGAAGCCCGCGUGGCUAUGCUGGAGAGCCAGAAAGCAGUGCUGCAGAACAAGCUGAGCCUGGCUAAGCAGCACAUUAUGGACAUUGGGGGACGCACGCCAUACAAGUUCAGUAAAGGUAAAAGUAUGGAAGUGGAGGGCGGAGUCAGGAGGGCUGCCCAGACUGCCCCGCCCCGCUACGGACCCACGCUGGAAGACACCAGGGCAGAGAUGGAGAGAUUCAGGUCCAGUGUGACAGAGCAGGUGAGGGCUGCAGAGCUGGAGCUGACUGCCCAGGUGCUCAGAGACACGCUGAGAGAGAAAGAGAAAGAGAUAGAGGGAACUGUGAGAGACAUAAGGAAGCAACAGGCUGACAGACACAGAAUAACUAUUAGCGAGAACGUGGAUCAGAUCCGUCUACAAAAGCAGCUUUCAGACAAGAGCACUGCCCUGAGAGUCACCCAGGAGAAGUUCAACACCCUGCAAGAGGCAUAUGAGAAUCAGCUGGAGGAGAGUCAGAGAUCACUGAGGGAAAGUCAGGGAGCUCUGCUGGAGAAAGUGGAGGAGCUGACUGAACAGCUGAAGCAUGAGAGACAGAGAGCACUGGCACUGGAGGGACAACUUACCACCUCUACCCUGUCUCUACAGACCCUGGACAGGCUACAGGAGCGGAUAUUAGACCUGGAGGGAGAGAGGGAUCUAAUAAAAGAAAACUAUGACACUCUGCUAGAGAGUACUUUAUCUGUGCAAAGCAAGUACGAAGGCAAUGGUGAACAACAUACAGAAGCGAAUCAGAGGAGGGAGGAACAGGUAGAAAACAUCAGCGGGACGGACAUCCAGAGACUGGAGGAAAUGCUGCAAGCAGAGAGGGGGGAGAGAGGCAGGCUGGAGCUGGAGCUGGAGAAACUGAGACGAGAGAAGGAGAUGUUAGAGGAGAAGUGGGAGCAAGAAAGAGCGUUUUCUGUGACGAGAGACAGACGAGAGCAUCUGGAACAGGAGGUUCUCCAGUACAAAGAGCAGGUUUCUGCUCUGCAGGACAGACUGGACUCUGUCACCAAGGAGUUUGACAUGAGUGUUGAGGAUCUCAGUGAAACUCUUAUACAGAUCAAGGCAUUUAGGAUGCAGCAGGAGAGCAGGACGAAGCUGCAUUUCCUCUGGGCUAAUGAGAAGGUGGAGGAUUCGCCCCAUGUGCUGGCAAACAUCCAGGCAUCGCAUGCUGAGACUGUGCUGGAACUACAGAAAACCAGAAACCUUCUACUGCUGGAGCACCGUAUCAGUAAAGACCUGCAGGAAGAGUUGAACACAGUCAACCAGAAGAUAGACAGAGAGAGGGAGGAGAGCAGGAGGAGAAUGGCAGAAAAAGACAAACUUUUAUCAAAAAGAGCUCUUCAGAUCAACGCUUUACAAGCUCAAUUAAAAGAGUUAGCAUACAGCCCCAGGAACUACAAACGGACCAUACCAAUACAGUACACCUGGCCAGCUGGAGACCAGGAAGUGGUACAGUCCAUUGAGGACGACCUGCCUUUCUCUCAGCUGAGGACUGGGGAGUCACUGUUGGAGAUCCACCUUAAGGCGGCCACCUUCACCCCAGCAGGGCUUCGUACUAUGGGCAGCAUCUGUCAUGAAGACACUGUGACCUUCUGCACCUACAGCCUCUUGGACUUUGAGGUGCACUCCACCCCUCUGGUGUCAGGCAGUCAGCCCAACUACGGCUUCACGUCCCGCUACGCUCUAACAGCCAGAGACCUGGGCAGGCUGGGAGGCCAGGGGUCAAGGGUCAGAGUGGAGCUCCACCAGGCGAUGGGAGGGGUCAAGUUUGUGACGCAUGGAAGUGGGCAGAUGUCCCUCAUGGGUGCUAUGGAAAGGAGAGGGGAGCGUGUCAGUGGACAUAUCAAUAUCACAGGCGCCGAGGGUGAACAUGUUGGUGUUGUGGAUUUCUGGGUGCGCCUGUUUCAUGCUGCAGAGCCGCUAGACACUGUGGCAGAGAGAGGAGCUGACAGGAGAACAGCGACAUGGAGGAGUCCUGUGCAGAUCUCUCUUGGCUGGCAAGAUGCUGGUCAGGAGGAGUUACAUGACUACGGUGGGGGGAUCCCCAAUGAGUUGGUGGUUAUGUUGGAACGCUGUGUGGGCCUUAAUGCUCGCUGGCCUGGACUUCUUCCUGACGCCUACCUGACAUACAGGUUCUACGACCUGCCGCCUCAUGUCUCUCCAACAGUCCAGUCCAGCGCUGACCCCGUGUUCAGUGAUAUCACCAGCUACCCACUUGCAGUAACAGCUGAUGUGUUGCACUACCUGAGGUCCAGCAGUUUGUGGGUGUAUGUGUUUGAUGACAGCGAUGACCAGAUACCGCCAGCCUAUCUGGCCAAGACCCCCAUCCCACUGCAAGCCCUGGCUACAGGCAGAGAGAUCAGAGGUGACUAUGUUCUCAGGGAUCCAGCUGGUGGACCUCGGGGCAUGGCUAGGGUCUGGAUAAAAUGGAAGUACCCCUUCCAACCAUCAGUGGACACUGUGCUGGGAGGACAGGGAAGACAGGACAGAGCAAUGGCAAGCACUGAGAGGGAGGAGAGGAGGAGAGAGGAGCCUGAAGCAUCACAGAGGCCUAUAGCCAAACCCAGAGUGAAGACUCAGCUAUUUGAGCCAAGAGAAACCAAAGCAGUGCAGAAAGAGACUUUGCCUCGGCCUCCACCUGUGAAACAGAACAGAUCACAGAACAUACGACCAGAGCAACCCACCUCCGUGAAACCGCUGGUCACAGACAGGAAGAGAUCCACCAAGAGGUCACCUGACCUUUACCACGACACAGCACAUCUGACGCUCAAGCCAAGACUGACCACACACUCUCAUUUGCCAACAAGAAACUCUUCACCCAGCACAUCAUCGAGGCGAAGCUCUGCCAGCAGUGCCAGGACUCAGGACCUUCCCUCUGUGGGUCAGGUGUCAAUGGAGGAAGAGGAAGAGGAGGAGGAGGAGGAGGAGGAGGAGAGGAGUGAGAGUGCUGCAGCAGGAGACAGUGAAGCCCCAGAGUCUUCAGAGUCAAGUUCCUCACAAAGCGACAUUAUUAUCAUGCCACCAAAACGGAAAAUGAGGAAGGGAGACAAGCUGAGAGUCGAGAUUAUGUCCCUGAUGUUUGAACCGUCCUCACACGUGGCGCUGGACAAAUCAGUGCAGCGUGUUUAUGUGGAAUACCGGCUGCUGGGUGUCCCCAUGGAGACGACAGAAACGCCCAUGUCUCUCCGCAAACCCACAAAUGGGGAGGAGAUUCACUACAACUUCACACGAGUGAUUUAUGUGGAUGGUUCACAGUCAGCUCCACUCAGACAAUAUCUUUACACCAUGUUAGAGGGCAGGGACCCCAACCAGGGCAGGUUAAAGUUCACAGUAGUCAGUGAGCCGAUGGACGAUGAGGAGGAGUGUGUGGACGUUGGACAUGCUUUUCUGGACCUACAAGAACUUCUCCUCACUGGAAAUGACGUCAGCGACCAACAAAUUGAUGUGGUGAGUGUAGAUGAAGACAAAGAGGUGAUAGGCAAUCUCAAAGUGUCUCUGGAAGCAGCGAAAGCUCUGACCGGGAUAUACCAGGAGUUUCACCAGAAGAGAGAGACCAAGAAAGAAGAUGAUACAGAUGCGGAGGAAGAGGAAGAGAAAGAAGAAGAGGAGCAAGAGGGAGAGAAGAAAAAAGAUGAAAUAGUGAUAGAGUACGAGGAUGAUAGUGACUUCUGAAAGCAAUUAGUAUGAGAUUAACAGAGAGGUUGUGUUCUGUAUGAAACCGUUUUAUUUGACUGUUUUUAGCCUCUUCUUCAAGUUUUCCCAAGCAAUUAAAUAAAAAGUCAUUUUUGA